AUGGCCUAUUUGCAGAAAAACAUGACAGAACAUUACUGCGUUUGAUGAUCGCCAGAAACGCAUGCAGGCUGAGCUCGAACGCACGAUAUCACGUGUUUCUUGAUCGGAGUCACAUGCGGGCAACGCGUCCAGAGUCCAGACGCGUUGACUCCAGCAGUGUCAAUGCCGCCAUCGCCAUCCGUCGUAGGGUAUAAGGAUAACAUCGUCCACCCCACUCCAUCCAAAUGGCAAGCAUGAAAUUCACAGAUCUCCCCUCUGAUGUUGUCGACCGUAUCCUGAUCUCAAUAUCUGACUUUCAAACACUGUCUGCGAGCCUACGCACCUCGAAACGCGAUAUCUAUGACAUAUUUCAGGCUCGCCCUAAGUCCAUCGUUCAAAUAAUUGCAUACAAUAUCACUGGACCUACCCUUGCACAGGCCCUGCGUGUCGCUUCUAUGCAACGCUUGCCUGAAUUCUUGUUCACCUCUUCUCAAGACAUACAUAACCGUGUCGCUGAUGAAGCUCACGCUAUAGAGAAACUACUCACUCGAGACAACAUCGAAGCUCUGAUACAGAAUGCUAAUGUUGUUUCCAAACUAGAGGACGUGUUCAGUCAGAGGUAUAAGGACCGUAAAUCCGCCAAGAGCACUUUGUCCUGUGCUGAAUCCGAACGUUUUCACCGGGCGACUUACCGCAUCUGGUUCUUGAUCCUGCUCCAGGAACGUGUUCCUGCUCACGAAGCUCGCGACGAGAUCCUAAAGGUUGCAGAAGACCUCAACCAUGCGGAACUGCUUGAGAUGGAUAGAGUCCGCGUGUUCUUUCAAGAGCUAUAUUCAUGGUCACAUGUUGCAGAAUUCGAACAAUUGUCUACAUUGCGGUUCGAUGCACGUCCGGACCAGGUUCUUCAAGCUUUUGAAGAAUUUAAUACAUUGCCCUUUGAAGAAUACCGCCAGGACGAUGCUCCUGCUCAUAUAAAUGAUGCUUUGAAUGAUGUAUGGUGUAAACGUGAGUCCGAUGAUAAGCGUGUAGAGCAACGCGACAAAGCUAUCUUGGAUUCGGUAAUUGGGGCCAAUGAUAUCUGUCACCGAUGUCUUGUUGUUAAAGGCAUACAACUCUGGGGUGCAUCAAACUGGGAUUUACUCCGCGGAUAUAUUUCAAAUGAGAUAUUCAUACUCUUUCCUGGAUAUCUGCGCAACAGUCUUGUGGAAAUACAGCCUUUCAAAGAGCGUAUAAGGGAAAGAGAUGAUGAUUUGGAGCCAACGCUGUCUUUCUCAAGAUUGCUAGAAGAAUUGUUCGACGUGGACGCUGAGGCCGAUGAGGAUUGGGAUAAAACACAAUGGUAUUGCAUUGAUUGCCUGCGAACCUUCCUCAAACAUCGUUUGUGGAGGUUGUUAUUGCAAUGGAAGCUGCAAGAGCCUAACUACCAACCGAAGCGUGACUGUUGGUACGGAUAUGACUGUCGCACGCAGACUCAUAGAUUGAUGCACGCACAAAGGCUGAACCAUUUGUGUGUCCCGACUCGAGGAGAUCCUGCACCCUUUGACAAUGAUUGAGAUAUCACCGUUCGGAUCGCCCAAGUCUGUGUUAAUCUGUAACACAAAUGCCUUUGUUUUAAUCGUAAUGGGUCAAGGGAUACAAUUUAAUAUGUAUUGUUCGCUUCCUGUCGCCGCCUAUAUAUUUCUUGUAUGAGUACGGGAUGCUACACAGUAGUACUGACUUGACGUCUGGAUCUUUUACCGAAUAACACGAUGAUCGAUCGUAUGUCAAGUCAAUC